UUUCGUAUAGGAUAGAAACGUCAACAUAAAUCAUUCUACAUCGUCCGCCAAAGAGUUAACACCUAAAAUAAAAACCAGAAAGUGAAAGUGAAAAUUGUUAAAGUCAAAAUAUAUUUUUUUUUAGUUUACAAUGAACCCGCAAGAUGAAAUAGCAACAACAUCAUCUAUCUAUCUAUCGAAAACCAAAUGAGUCAUAUACCCAAGCAUGAUGUUGCUGUUUUUGGUGUGUCUUCUGAUUUGAAUGAUAUUAAUUUACCAACCGAUCUGGAUAUCUUGAGAUAUUAUUUUUACUUAAGCGAACGUGCAAAAACAGAACAAAAAAAGUUUUCUUAUGAACAAUUCUCUAAUCACGUAGCAGAUAGGUUGGUUGGAAUUUGGGGAAAAAUUGGUAUGGAAAUAAUUUCAAAAAAAUAUGUUGCUGUUAAAUUGAAUAGAUUGGUUGACAAAUACCAAGCCGAAAUUAAGAAGACGAAUAGAGACUUUUUAGUGUUUACCGGUACUCUGAACGAAAUUUUUUAUAUUGGAGCAUGUAAAUGCGAUUUGACGGCAGCUCAAUGUAACUGCGGUUUGGUUCCAGAACGCCUCAAAGAGUUUAUGCACGAUCAACAUAAACAGAGAAGACUAACAAUUGAUGCAUUUCUGAUGGAAAUUGAAGAGCAAGGGACAUCGUCAUCAAUGCCAACAAUGCCAACAUACGAAGAUCCCGAUGAUACAACAUACGUAGACGUACCGAUGACGGUUGAUGAAGAUGUUAUGAAUAGAAGCACAAGUUCACAAUACACAGAAAAAUACGAUUGUCUUAACUUUGCCUUGAUGUGUGACAGAUUUGGUGUGUCUGAUAGAGUAGCGUCAGCAUUGGCAACCAGUCUUUUCAAAGAUUUUGAAAUGAAAGAUCAGCAUGGCGAACCUCUCAUCAUGGAUAAAUCGAAAGUUCGUAGAGAAAGAGAGAAAUGCAGACGAAUAGUGCUCCGCAAAAGGUUUGAUGAUUCCAGUUUAAUAGCGUUUUCAUUCGACGGCAGAAAAGAUGAUACUUAUACGAGAGAAAAAAUUGAUGGUAUGUAUCAUAGUAGGAUGGUAAAAGAACCUCACCUUGUUAUUUUGAGAGAACCGAAUUCUCGAUUGAUUGGUUACGCAAGACUGGUAGAGGAAAGUGCUGAAUACACAACAACAAAAUUGAAUGAAUUUUUCAACGAUAAAAACAUAUCUCUGGAUGCAUUGAUUGGCAUAUGCACUGACGGUGAGCCAACAAACACUGGCACACACGGUGGAAUUAUACGAAGAUUCGAAUUGCUGCUAAAAAGACCAUUGCAUUGGUUUGUUUGCCUUCUACACUUCAACGAACUUCCGUUUCGACAUUUGUUUGGGGUUUUGGAUAAAUCAUCCACCACUGGACCAACAUCAACAACCGGGAAACUAAGCAAGCAAAUUGAAAAUUCUGAAGCUCUUCCGGUGGUGAGCGACUUUCAGAGAAUUGCGUUGGAAAAUAUGCCUCCUGUUGCAGAACAGCACGAAUAUUCCACCGAUUCGCAGUACUUAUACGACAUGGCACAUGCAAUUUCUAAUGGCGUGGUUUCUGUGGAUCUGGCUAACAUAAAACCAGGGAAAAUUGUACAUUCUCGCUGGCUCACUAAGGCCGCUAGAUUAUUACGAUUACAUGUGACAAUGAAAAAAACACCUAAAAAUUUAAGAAUUCUGGUUGAAUUUAUAAUUAAGGUUUAUGCGCCAAUGUAUUUUAAUAUCAAGUAUUACAGCUCUGUCGUGUACGGUAGUGUAUUAUUUUUCAAGUACAUUACUUGGGCACAGGUUCUGGAGCCAAAUUUACGCACUGUUGUCAAUCAUGUAAUUAAAAAUAAUCCAUAUUUUGCACAUUCGGAAAAUAUCUUGCUAUCAAUGUUGUUUGAUGAUAGGAAAGAGGUGCGCGACUCUACUAUCAAGAAAAUUUUACGAUAUCGAGACAAUGUUGAAGACCCAUCGGAACUUAGAGAGUAUAAAAAACCAGAUAUAAACUUCCAUUGCUUCGAUUACACGAACAUGAUCGAUUUGACUGAUAAAAAUAACGUAUUUGAACCACCAUUCACGCGAAUCAUUCCGUAUGAAACAUUGAUAGCAUAUUUAAAUGAAGAUGAUUCACCAUUUACUGAUCCACAUAUUCCAUUACAUAUACAAGGAACGGAACAACGCGUUCAACUGCUAGCUAGCGUUUCCAAACGAGUAAUAUCGGAAAAUGUAGAGGCUGUUAUGGAGGUGACAUUAGAGAGCCGUGCGAAAUUGCCCAGAAAAGACUUCAAACAAUAAUUUUUUAGUUUCUUUCCUAUGUUCUGAUCGAAUAAAUUUUUAAAGAGAAAACAAAAAUCCAAAAACAAAAAAAAAUUUUUUCCUAGAAACUUCAUUUGUGCGGAAAAAUAAUAGCCAUUUCACUGAUUUUUGUCAUAUAAAGUGCCAAAAAUGGUGAUUUUUUGAUAUUUUUUCAUAUUUUUGUAUGGGAGACCCCCUAGGGGGGUCCCAGGGGGGUAACACUAGCAUGGGUGGGUCAGCCCUCCAAAGUUAGUGGGGGUCGGUCAUACAUUUGGACUCGAUUGGGUCACUCUAAAUGGGUCAAAACAGGAUUUUUUGAAAUUUGACCUUUUGGGUACCUACACGUUAGUACAAGGGACAUCAGAAUUCAUUUUAGAGGUAUGGUUUCUUGAGAAAAGUAUCUUAUUUUGAUCCCUAAAAUCCG